AUGGGGUAUUACUUCCUGUCUGCCAACACGACACUCAUGAGACACUACCACUUAUUCUACCACAUAUCCACACCAUCAUUCUACCACACUAUCACCCUGCCAUACUCUGCCACUCCCUCAUUCUGCCACACUCUGCCACACUCUGCCACUCUAACACACUACCACUCACCUUACCACGCAACCGAACAACAACCAUUCGACAUCCCCCCAAACAUCGUCGACAGCCAGAGCUCCGGAGACAUGAUGGUGCAAGAGGGUGCCAACAUCAACCUCACCUGCAGUGCCACGGGGACUCCGAUGCCCUCCAUUACCUGGCGGAGAGAAGACCAUGAGCCAAUCACCAUUAACAAGACGUUGCGAGUGACGGAAUAUAACGGAGCCAAUCUCCCACUGACGAAAAUCAGCAGAGUGGACAUGGCUGCUUACCUCUGCAUAGCCCGCAACGGCGUCCCUCCCAUUGUCAGCAAGAGAAUCCAAGUCAGCGUAGAUUGUGAGUAUCAGCCUCGCUGUCAAGAGUUUUGCUAUUGA